UAUUGCUGGAGCAGGGCCUCUGGCUCUGCAUAUUGGUGGAGCAUGGGCACCAUGAGCCCAUAUAACUUGCCGCCCAUGGCUGAAGGUAUGGCUGCAUGCAGCAGGGUCCUAGAGCAUUAGAAUAGCUGAGAUUUUUAUUUUCACUGAGAUUUCUAUAUACUUGUCCCAACUGAAAUCGGCUAUGCUUACAUGCUUAAAUCACAGCUCUUUGAUUCAGGAGAGCAAGCAUAAUGCUCAUACUUACGUAAGUCUGGUUUAAGCAUCUCAUCAGCGUCCUUUUCUUCCUUCCUUUUUUUAAAUUUCAAAACACUCAACUUGCACACAGGAAUUCAUCUGUUUGUGGAAGGAAGGGAAAUGGGUCAUGCCAAUUCUCAGCUCUAAGUCACUGACUUGAACCUCACCCAAAUUUGUAGGCAACAAAAGGCAAUCCAAAUCUCAGUAAAAUGACUGGAGAGGGACUAUAAUAAACAAAACCCCAUCCGACUUGACCGUUGUUCAGUCCUAGCAAAGAGUCCACAAAUAAACAAGUGAGACUAAACUAUCCUGACCAUUAGGCCAUGGCCAUCACAAUAAGUGGAGGGUUGAGGCCUUCUGGCAUAUCUGGUUGAGCAAUCUGCUAUUGUUGCAGGCCACACUGCACCUAUUUGGACAUACAAGUGACUUCAAUUUCUGGGUCUGUCAAUGCAGCACUCAACUCCAACAAAAUUAAAGACAUUGGAAAGGAGAAUGCUGGGAUGGAUACAGCCGUGGCAAACUGAGCCGAUGUCUUUGGGAAGUGAAGGGAAGAGAUGUCUAAUCUUGGCUGUGUUGCAUUGCUCACUGUGAAACUGCUACAGUUAAAGGAGACGUAUCAUCCAAGGACAUUUGGAACAUUUUGCUGUCUGGUUUUCAGCCUCUCGGUUUUACCCUAAAAUGGUUUUGCGUCAGCUAAAACGAAUCGGAUCUAUAAAAUUUAAAAAGGAAGCACUGAGAGAGAGAAAUACCUUAUAACUUUUCAAAAACUGAGUAUGGCUUCAGGGAGCUGAUGGAAUUCAGGUAACCAAAGUCUGCAUCAGACAUGUCUGGGCUUGGUGAAUACUAAUAGUUCAGACAGAUAAUCUGCAUUUUGCUCACACCCAGCUGCAGCUCCAUUACAGCUCUCAGAGGCUGCAGGAUUUUCAGCUCUCAUCUGGUUAAUUCUCUGUAAAGAAUUCACCAUGUUCCUCGCUCAAGCCUUGCUUGGUGGAGGUAGUAGUGGUGGAGGGAACCUUGUAAGAGGCCUUGGGGGUCUAUUAGCAGGAGGCGGACAAGGAGGAGGAAAUCUUGGGGGGCUCGUUGGAGGACUAGUCAACAUUAUUAGUGAGGUAGCAGCUCAGUACACACCAGAGCCACCCCCACCUCCUCGCAGCCACUUCAUGAAUGUGGAAGCCGGUGAGACCGAGGAGGAACGUCAGUUUCGCCGACUGUUUGUCCAGCUGGCUGGAGAUGACAUGGAAGUGUGCGCCACCGAGUUGAUGAACAUUCUGAACAAAGUGGUUGCCCGACAUCAAGACCUGAAGACAGAGGGCUUCACCCUGGACACAUGCCGGAGCAUGGUGUCGGUCAUGGACAGUGAUACAACUGGCAAACUGGGCUAUCAGGACUUUAAGUACCUGUGGAACAACAUCAAGAAAUGGCAAUGUGUGUACAAAGAACACAGCACCAGCCAGUCAGGAACUGUUGAGAGAGCUCAGUUGCCAGAUGCUUUCAAGGCUGCAGGAUUCCAGCUGAAUGAACAGCUCUACCAGCUGAUCAUUCGCAGAUACUCAGAUGAAAAUGGGAGCAUGGAUUUCAAUAACUUCAUCAGUUGCUUGGUGCGACUGGAUGGCAUGUUCCGUUCCUUCAAAUCCCUGGACCAAGAUGGAGACGGCCUAGUGAACAUGAACAUUCAAGAGUGGCUGCAGCUGACCAUGUACUCUUAAGAGAGCACGCUGGAAUGGAAUACACUUCAGCUGCAUGAUGUUGUUUAUAUCUGUGUUAACUAAUUGGAGCCUUUCUGCUUGUUGUUCAAAAGCAACUGUUCGUGUAAAGUCAAACAAGUUUUGUUGCUGUGAAAGAGCAGGCAAUACUUUAAUGUUUAACAAACCCUUAGUUUAUUGUGAUUUUGGGGGGCUUUUUUCUUAUUAUGUACAUUUUACAGUUGUUUAGAUUGCUGAGGAGCUAGCCAAUGGAAAAGUUGUUGAACUGUUGAAGAUUGUGUGUGUCUGCACGUGCAUACUAAUGCAUAUGGGUACCUAUAAUAGAAAACUAAGUUUGGAGUAAAAAAGUAAAGAAUAUUGGUGGAGCAGAAUAGUUGUUGUUAAGGCUUUCUUUCUCAUAUAGCAUGCUGUGGCUAGUGAAUGUAUACCUAUAAUACAAAAUACAAUUAUGUUUUUUUCUUAAGGUUGGGGUUCUGUAUGUGUUAUCUAUCCGUGCUUAUUUUGCUGAAGACAGAAGCUGUGGUUGCUUAUAGGGAACUUGCUAGUAAAUAGAGGUGUAUUGAUUUCUAAUUUGUAAGGAAUUAUUUGUAACGGGGAAAAUAAAUUGAAGUUGAAAUUAUUAUAACAAUUUUGAAAGAUGAAUUAAAUCUCUUUUCUAUUUUUGCUG